GUUGUCCGUCUUUGCAUCUCUACAGUCUUUACAAUGGCACCCACCAACCCCUUUCACGACUCGCAAACCACGACCACUGCCAACAAUGUUCACCCCUCUAAUGGCCUGCCAGAGGACCAGAUCCCUUCAGAGCCUCCUCCAGCGUACACUCCCUCUGCAACCACGGGCACCGGUGAAUCCACCGUCCAAGCCGGGCCGCUCAGACCUGAUUUCUCAGGCCCACCACCUAUGCCUGACUGGGUCGAGCGGCAGCAACAGCAGCAGCAGCAAUAUACGGGAGGAAGCGGUGUCGGCGUUAAUUUGACUGGAGUUGGGAUGGGGUAUGGACAUGGUGGGCAGGCUCAUAGCCAGGGGCAAUACGCCAAUGGGAACAGCUCGAGUAACGAGACAAAACCUCCUCCGCCCCCUCGCCAUCCCUCUGUGACUUCCUCGUCGGCACGACCGCCCCCGCCUUUGCCAAGCAGAGACUCUACGACACAGCCUUCAUCGUCUCAAAGCGCGGCGCCAACAGAGGCGCCGACUCCGGGCCGGCCGCUACUGCACCGAGGCCAGAUGUUGGUGUACCCCGGAGGCUUCUGGUGCAGCAAGUGUAACAAUACGGGCUAUAAAGCCAACGAUCCCUCAAACCCUCAUGAGAGAGACUGGAAAAAGUAUGGCAGGGUGUACAACUCUACCCUCGCUCACUCUUACACUCAGGCCCUCUCUGCCGGCCUGCAAAUGUCCGACAACUUUCAAAAGCCUCUACCUUCCUAUGCCCCCGCUGGGCACGCCCCGGCUUCGGUCCCAUAUUCGGGUCCGACCUCGGCGCAGUACAGUCACCUGCCCCCACCCCCUGGCAGUAGCGGCAAGUGGAGUACAUACCCAGGCCAAGGCCAAGGUCCGGGGCAGAGCUAUAGCCACUUGCCUCCACCCCCUCAACGUCAACAGCAACUACAAUACCCAGCACCAGGGCAGCAGAUCUUUGUGCAGAGAACGGCGGGGAUGGCACCUCCGGGAGCGCUGGUAGUAGCGCCAGGGGAUCCUAGAAUCGGUGGGAGACUGUGUUGGAGAUGUAAUGGUUCCGGGACAGAGAUCUUGUUCUUUGGCUUUGACGAGGGGAGAUGUUCGACUUGUUCAGGUCUAGGGCGGUUAUUCUGAGUAGCGAGGGACGUCCUUCGAGAGACCUGCGACUGUACCUAACAUAGAAUAUACACCAAGACAGGGCAGUAGGUAAUAGGUUGAUGAUGACGACGAAGAGCAUCUUGAUUGAUAUAUGUGCAUGCUAUAUCUUGCGG